AUGCUAACAUUUUCACAGGCCAUCUUUACUACUAUAACUCUUCCACCAAACAAUCAACAUAUACUCGCCCGCAAAUUCCUGCUCCUGAGCCCGUCCCAACCGCUCCGCCAAUCUCGCAACCCACCUACAAUCCUGAAUUCUUACCACCAUUUUCUUCAACACCCUAUGGACCGACAGGCUUUGGCCCUGGACCUGCGCAAUCUGGUCCGCCAUUUAGUUCGCGAGGCAGAGGAGGGUUUCGUGGUGGGAGAGGCUAUCAUGAUAAAGGACGAAGAGGACCCGAAGAUCGACCUAAAGCAAAGCAUGCCAUACCAGAUUGCGCUCCGUGGUUAUUAUUUUUGGAAAUUUCCGGAGGCGGUUUUGAAGGGCGUGGUUGAGUUUGAUCGCCUUGAGCGCGAGAAGAAGGCGAGAAAAGAACGAGGCGAGCCCGAAGAGCCACCCAAACGGCAAUCACCCAAACCCGAAACUGCACCCGUGGACUCGAAUGCCGCAACAGAGCAAACCGAAGAACCCAGGAACCCAGGCUACGACGACGAUGAAUAUGAAGAGGUCGAAGUCACAGACAGCGAGGGAGAAGAAGGUCAACCGUCUAAGCGUACACGCACUGAAAGUGUCGGCGAUGAGGACCAACCGCUGGAAUUCACCGAAGAAGACAUGGAGUACCAACUAGCAGCCAUGGGUGAAGACUACGGGUUGGACCCUGGUGAAUACGGCGAGGUUGGAGAAGAAGAUUGGGAGGAAGGCGCAGCAGGUCUCCCAUUGACUGAGGCUGAUGCCGAAGCCCUGUUCCGUGACUUACUGGAUGAUUUCCAAAUCAACCCGUUCACGCCAUGGGAAAACAUCAUUGAGGAGGGUCAUAUCAUUAAUGACACGCGAUAUACCGCACCAUCAAACAUGAAAGCCCGACGAGAAAUAUUUGCCAAUUGGACCAGGGACCGCAUUCAACUGGUGAGAGACCAAAAAGCAAAGCAACAAAAGGCCGAUCCCCGGAUUAAAUACUUGGAGUUCCUGCAAGAACACGCCACACCUAAGCUUUACUGGCCGGAGUUCAAACGCAAAUACCGGAAGGAGCCUGAAAUGAAAGACUCUCAACUUGGAGAUAAAGACCGGGAGAAAUUUUACCGUGACCACAUCUCGCGCUUGAAGCAGCCCGAGAGCACUCGCAAGUCAGACCUCUCAGCCUUACUGAAAUCGGUUCCAUUGGAUUUGUUGCAUAAAUCUUCGGACCUGGAAACCUUACCCCCAGCUAUCAUUACCGACAUUCGUUACAUCGGGCUUGCUCCUAAAGUGCGCAAUCCAUUGAUUGAGGCAUAUAUAUCCACUUUGCCUCCACCACCGGAGGUACAAAGAUCGGCCGAGGAACUGGCAGAGCUCGACCGAAAGCGCACAGAACGCGAAAAACGCGAGAAGGCGUUGGCAGACAGGGAGAAGCGUGUCGAAGAGGAAAAGCGCAAACAGCGAGGGGAUCUGCUGCGUGGCAAGCAUCUUCUUCGCGAAGGCGAGGCUGAAGUCGAAGAGGCCAUGAGAGUCAACAAGGACGGGCUUAGGAGCUACAUGGAGAUCGACCAGGCAGGGGGAGAGGAACAGAAGCCAAGUCAGUAG